GAGAGAUAGAAAAAGCCAAGAUGGCGGCGCUGCCGUUGUCUCUGCCUCGUAUGCUUUCCUUUGUUCCCCAUUUUGCCCUACUGCUGUCGAUCAACGUCAAUCAUGGCCCGUGGCAACCGCCGCCGGGCCGAGGAAGAGGAACCAGCCGAGCCGGUAGGGCCCAAGCCACCAAACGCCCCUCUAAAGCUCCGCUUGACCUGCGACCGAUGCAUGAGCCUCAAAGUGCGGUGCGACAAGCGAAAGCCAAGUUGCGAACGAUGUGCGGCAGCGGGCGCCGAAUGCAUCUAUAGCCCGUUCCGAUGGAGAGCCAAGUCGGCCACCGGUCCCUUGUCCGCACGUCCCGAGAACCCGGCAACAACAUGGAAUCGUUCCCUGGCCGCUUUACCGGAGGAUCUGCUGGGCAACGUAGGGCCUGAGGAUUGGACGUCUGACAUUCCCCGUCUUCUAGCGAGCCACGACUGGCGGGAAUUGCUCCUGGAAGCCGAGACGGGCGAGCAGCCCACCGGCUUCGAUGCGUCGUGGAUGGAAGUCCACCCCAAGUCCGUGGCCCGAAACAAUGUAAAUGACGGUGAUGGCGACUGUGAUGGCGAUGGCGAUGGUAGCGGCGUUGAGAGCAUACAGCUGACGGAGCUGUUUCCUACCCACCGUCGAGACGGGUCCCGGCAAGAUGAACAGCGGGUAGGAUUAUCUUCGCUGCUGGAUUCGAACCUUGACUAUCGACGCGACCGCCCCUCUGAAGCACUGGUGUUCCUCGAACGACCUCCUAGAUCAGUCCAGCUGGAGGCUGAAUCUCCUUGCAGCCCUACGUGUCGGUGCAUAACCCUAGCAUUCACGGCGUUGUACAACACUUUCUAUAGCGAAGCCAGCAGCCGCGGCCCCAACGCGUGCGAUAAUGCUGUCAAGGUCAAUCGGAUCGCAGUACAGCACCUGCACCAAUUCAUAUCCUGCAAUUGCGGGAUCUGUGUGCGGGACCCGACCGCGCUCUUUCUCGCCACCACCCUGACCCCCAAGAUCCUGGCCAGAUACAAUGCCAUGUUCACGGCAGUGGUGGCCUGCCAGUCUCCGGGCGGCCCCGAUUCCCCCUGGGAGCCCGGCCCUUCGCCUGACCUGGCAUUUGUUGCGGCAAUCCAGGUUGACGACUUGCCACUUGACCGUAUCUCGGAGAAACGCAUGAAGGUGCAGUUCUUGCUGUGCGAAGUGCAGAAGCUCAGCCGGGUCCUGACACUCCUGCGCACGCGUGCCGUGCGUCGGGACGAACUGCCAGUAGAGGCCCUCUACCAGUGCUUGUCUCAGACACUGAACCGCAUGACUAGCUCGAUGACGGAGUAUUGUGUUGGCGAGUCACCUACUUUAGAUGUGUCGACCCCUUCUUCUAGUCGGCCCGCCUCGGCUUAUGGAGGAAAUGGUGCACGGUCCCGGAUGGCGUUGUGAUGGGAUGAUUAACACGCAGAAUGCAAUAUGAGCACCAGCAUGGAGGGAUUUGAUUGCUUCUACAACUUGCCUUAGAGAUGUGUUGCUUCAUUUCAGGUGGUUUUAUCUUUUUCUCUUCUCUGUACACGAGGUUGUUCCGACCCCUCCCAGGGACUUGCUUUUUAUUCUUUCUUAUAGCAGGGUUUACAGGCCUACUCUGUCGGGGUUAUAAUGAGCACUGGAGAACAUAAUGGGAGCAGAGUUACAGCUUGG